GCCGUUUGUCAAUCUUCGUUUCUUUUUUUUACACACUCCUCCUUUUGUCACUUUUUUUUUUCUUUUUCCUUUUUCUCCCCCUUGUCGCUAUUGCGUGCUUGCGGACACACGCAGGAGAGUUGGUAAUCACUUGAUAUGGAAAGUGCGAGGAAUAAGGCGGCUCGGAGGGUCUAGAAUGCAUCGCAAUCCUGGGGGUUUUCUUUUUCUUUUUCUUUUUCUUUCUCUUCCUCCUUUUCCUCCCUUCCCUUCACUUCUUCGAAAAAUCAAUUGUCUUUUCCUCAAAUAUUUUUUCUUUUCUUCCCAUCACUUUACUUUUUCUAUUCCCUCAUCUACAAUUUCUUUUCACCUUUUUUCCACAAUUGUCUGUGUUGAGCUGAGUUGAGUUGAGUGGGUGUUCUUCUCGUUGCUUGGAACCCGGGAACCUUCAAUAAGAUGUGGGGGUCUAUAUUUAGUCUGACUGGCUGGCAUCGUCUGGGAUGGGAUGGGAUAAGGUGCUUGGAGGUAUUGCUACUAUACAAUAGUGCCGGACUAGCACACGUCCACCGGUGGUCUAUUUAUUUUCUCAUUUGGCUUGCUUGCAGUGCUGUCAGAUCAGGUGGUACAGUACUCUGAUAUGAUAUACUCGAGUACGUAUAGUGCUCUACAAUACCGAAAUAACUUUACUGUAACGUCCUAGGCAGAGUAGGGGGGUCGUUGCUAAAGAAUUGAAAGGAAAUGGAAAAGAAAUCGCGCUACAGUGGAGUUUUUUCAUCAUUUCCCUCCCCAAUUCCUCUGGCCUGUCCCGUUUCGUGAUGUAUACUGUAGAGCCCAGUCCACCCUAUCUCACUUCCUUCAUCCAUUCCUUUGGCCAGUCCACCUUGUCCUUUCGUUCAUUGUGAGUGUCCUCAAUCCAAUACAACAUACUAAAUCGCAGCGGCCAAGCCUUGAGCACAAUGCUGCAGGAUGCUAACACUUGUAUAGCUGGCAGGCAGUCACGGGGGAUGGCGUGAUACCCCAUGAAGUCCUUCUUUUUUUUUUUUUUUUUUUUCCCCUUUCCUCCUUUUUACGUCCAGCCCUACUCGAGCACGGUUUGGAUCAUCGUUAUUACCGCUUUGGGAAGUGGGUCUACUGCUUACUGGGCCAGGGUCGUCUUGCCGAUUGCGGGUAGGAAUACAUUAGGAAUACCGGUACUGUGCUACAUUGACAAAGGAUAGCACCCGCACUCCCAUUCGUUGGUUGGUUGGCUAGGACGAAGGGAACCGGCAUAAACAGCACCGGGUUGGAUUGGAUUCUGAGUGCAGGUGGGGUGGGAUAUGCAUAUAUGGUACUACGGAGUUGAAGGAGAAAAGGUCACUCGAGGGCUUCCUCUUUCCUUCCUUCCUUCCUUCCUUACCCCCUUCCUACUGUAUCUUCCUACCAUACAAGUACAUGCAUGUUUGCGUGCCGGGUCGACCUGACAUCACUGCCCGAGCUGGGGAUGCUUAAAGGGGUUCGGCCCCCUUCCCUUCCACUUCCCUUCCCUUCCUCCCUUCCUCCCUCACUCACUUUCCGUCUAGGUCUAUGAUAGGAAGUUAUUAUCCGCUAUCAUACCAAGAUAGCAUAGAGGCACAAUACCCUGCUCGUGCAACCCUGCUUUUCGAGCCCGUUUGCUAGCGCCAUACUUCGUCCGCUCUUCGUUCGUUCGUUUAGGGCAAUCCCGUACAUACCAGGAGCCAUAGACAGGCCACCUACUUACCGACAAACCGGGACCUCGGAGGAGCAGAACGAGUCAUACAAGUACCGUAGAGCCGAUAUAUACCCUCCAAUACCCCUCCCCCAGCCAUCAAUUUCUCAUAGAUACUCAAGUGCAAUCAUAUACAACUAGGACGAUGGGAAUAGUGACGGUAGAGCGACCACCGUCACCGCCCUCGCCGCCUUUCCCCACCAGAAAUAGUCCAGUGGUGCUUCCACAAACCAACAAUCCAAAGCUCCCAUGGCUCGUGCAGAAGUUUGGUGGAACGAGUGUGGGGAAGUCGCCGCUGGGGGUUGUGGAGGCUGUCAAGUACGUUCCGCGUGCUUGCUCAACCCCCACCAGUUACAGGAGGAGUGGGCUAAUCGGAAGCAGAAAGUAUUUGCCAACAAACCGCGUGGCGGUAGUCUGCUCGGCAAGGAGUACGGAGAGCAAAGAGCUUGGUACGACCAAUCGGUGAGUCACCUCCAGUUGAAUUCUAUCGGAAUCAAGCCAAUAUAUAAGCCAGGCUAUUGCGGGCAGCGGAAGAAGCUGUAAACGUGGAGUCGACCGAGUGGGCGGAUAUUAUCGACGGUAUCCAGGAAGCGCACAUCGCAGCGGCCAGGGAUGUUAUUAGGUCCCGAACCAUGUCCGACGAAUUCAGGGCGAAGCUGAAGAGGGAGUGUGAGGAUUUGAAAGGGUUUUUGGGGGCUGCGCAGGUAUCUCUAUUAAUUUAAUUGUUCACUCAUCUCCCUCAUGCAAUCGGUAGGGGAUUGGAAGGUUGACGAAGGCGGGGAUAGAUUAUCAGUGAAAUCAGUCCCAAGUCGAAAGACGUUAUCAUCGGUGUUGGGGAAAAGUUGAGUUGCAUGUUCAUGACGGCGGUGUUGCGGGAUCGGGUAUGUCCAUACCUUCCACCCCGGAGCAAUAAUGCGAGCUCUAUAACUCAACCAACAAACUUGCAUGCAGGGCAUCGAGGCAGAAUACAUCUCACUGGAAAACAUCCUCCCAGCCCACCACCCCUCCACAUACACCACCAGCAGUAGAGCCCUAACCCCACCCUUCUGCGAAACCCUAACCACCCUGUUGGAAUCCCGCAUCCGCCUCCUCCCCGCCCACAAAGUCCCCGUAAUAACAGGCUUCUUCUCACCCGUCCCCGGAAGUCUCCUGACUACCAUCGGCCGCGGGUAUACCGAUCUGUGUGCAGCCCUCCUCAGUGUGUCGGUGAAAGCGCAGGAACUGCAGGUAUGGAAAGAAGUUGACGGCAUCUUCACCGCAGACCCACGGAAGGUCCCCGCGGCAAGAUUAGUCCCCUUCGUCACGCCGGAGGAAGCUGCGGAAUUGACGUACUACGGGAGCGAAGUCCUUCACCCAUUAACCAUGGAACAAGUAGUCGCCGUCGGGAUCCCCGUCCGCAUACUAAACGUCUGGAAACCAAGCGGUCCGGGGACCAUCAUCUGCGCCAAAAAGCCCACCAAGACCCUCCCCCUGACGUUAACACCCCCCGUCUCGGACGGCGAGGACGACGACGACGAAUACCUCGAAGGAGAAGAGAAGGAGAAGAAACUCCCAACAGCAGUGGCAAUGAAGAAAAACAUCCACCUCCUCACUGUUCACUCCAAUCGCAAGUCCCUCUCCCACGGCUUCCUCGCCAGUGUCUUCCAAAUCCUCGACCAGCACCAACUAACCAUCGACCUCAUCAGCACUUCGGAAGUGCACGUAUCACUAGCCCUGCUCAACACAUCCCCGCACGCUAUCGCCGCAGCGGUAGAAGCGCUGGAGACCUACGGUGCCGUCGACGCGCGCGGCGGACUGUGCAUCGUAUCGCUAGUUGGCCGUCACAUGAAGCGCAUGGUCGGUGUCGCCGGGCGGAUGUUUGCCGCGCUAGCCGAGGCUGGGGUUAACGUUGAGAUGAUUUCCCAGGGCGCCAGCGAGAUUGGCAUCUCGUGCGUGGUCAGGGAGGAGGUUGCCGUCUGGGCUGUGAAUGUUUUGCAUGCGAGGUUAUUUUAGUAGGGUUUUUUUCUCCCCCGCCGGGGAGGGGACGACGGGCUCUGUUUCGAACUUGGAUACCCGGGGUGAUUAUUUCCCUCACUCGUAUUGUGGGAUUAUUAUUAUUUAUUAUUUCUUCUUUAUUCUUCUUCCUCUUCCCCUCUUUUGGGGGCUACCGGUACUAUCUUUUUUUGACUGGUUUAGCCUGUAUCAAGUCUGAAAGGUCAAAAGGUUUGGGGCAAAAAAAAAGGGGAGUUUUUUUUGAGUAAUUUUGUCCUGUCAUGUCAAGAUUAUACGACGCCAGAAAUAAAGUAUGAUAUCCUAGACAGCACCAUACCGGUACCUCCCCCCCCUCUCGAGUUGAGCCCUCGUAAAGCGAGCAACCAAUCAUCACCCCAUAAGCAACCACAGAGGUUCCACUGCCACCCGGAGAAGCAGAGAAGAGGAAG